GGCUCAAAAUGGUGGCUAACAUGCUGAUAAUCGGAUAGAUUUUCAAUAAUAUCCUUGAUAUCUCUACAGUAUGCUACCAUUUCAACAUCUGCCAACGAUGAACUUUAUAAUUGAUGACAAUGAUAUUCCAGAAGACGAUGUCAUUCUCUAUUCUGUACUAUACUCGAGUGUCACUGUUGUUUUUGCUAUGGCAGUGUUGUCAAAGUUUUUGACAAACGAAUUUCGUUUUGGAUUCCGUUCUGUUUUGAGUUUAGCUGUUCUUUUCCUUGGGGAACCAUUAUGUCAGUUCUUUGUGAAAGGACCUGUGGGUGUUGGAUGCUUUGCAUUUGGAUGCUUGCUUAUAUAUUCUAUCUUGCCAGCCAGUCACUUGCCAGCAGCUGACAAAGCAGUUCUUAUCACAGGAUGUGACUCUGGAUUUGGUCUUGCUCUGGUGAAGAAGUUAGACAGCAUAGGUAUGAGAGUGUUUGCUGGAUGUCUUGAUAAAGAUGGUACUGGUGCUGCAGCCAUUAGAAAUAACUGUUCAAACAGGGUACAUAUAUUACAACUAGAUGUAACAAAUGAAAAAGAAAUCUCCGCAGCUGUUCAUGUUGUCACUAGCCAAGUAGGGGAACAAGGUCUAUGGGGUUUGGUGAAUAAUGCUGGUAUAUGGUAUUUCUCGGAGCUUGAGAUGAUGUCAGAAACAAUCAUAAAGAAGAUAAUAGAUGUUAACCUAUUUGGUGCUAUAAGAAUGACAAAAUCACUGCUACCACUUAUACGCCAAGCUAAGGGAAGAAUUAUAAAUGUUUCAAGUGUUCUAGGAAGAAUCUCAAUGGAGGGUCAUGGUGCUUAUGGUAUAUCUAAACAUGGGCUUGUAGCAUUUUCUGAUACACUUAGACAAGAAAUGAAGAAAUGGAAUGUUAAAGUCUCAAUAAUAGAGCCUACAGGAUAUUCCACAAAUAAUAAUCAUAGCCAUUCACUGCGAUACAAGAGGGAGGAGAUAUGGGAUACAUUAGACGAGGAAGGUAGAAAAACAUACGGGAGGGAAUAUUUAGACGAGGUUUAUAAUAGUUUGUUUGACACGCUUCACCGCUUCCCAGAUGACUUGACGCCUGUGAUUCGUGCCAUGAGAAGCAGUUUACUUUCAAAACGACCAAGGGAGCGAUACCCAUGUGGAGCAGGUGCUGAUAUCAUUACAUACAUUCAUUGUCUGGUUCCCGUGUGGUUAGCAGAUAAAGUAUCGUCAAGUUUCGGUUUAAUGUCAAAAACUGCGAAACCGGCACAACUCCAGGAGCUAUGAACAAGAAUGUUAUAGGAACGUUUUAGUUAGUUAUUUUUAGCUUAAGAAAAUGAGCGCUUAGUUGAAUUAGCUAGUGGAAUCUAAGUCAGUUUAUAUGUCAAGCUAAAAUGAUUAUUUAUUUGUAAAGAUAAGCUAGAUGUUGUAAAAUUUUGAGCUCAAGUGUUUCAUCAUUGGGAGUCUUGUAUAAAGUAUCCAAUUUUAAGCCAAAAUGUCAAGAUGUCAUUGAUCAGAAAUCUUAAUGUAUUUGUCACUAUUUUCAAGUUUUAAUUUGAAUUGCACAUGUUGCAAGAUGUAGGGGUUUUAUUUGAAUUGAUCAUAAACGCAUAGGAGGAAAGAAAUAUUAUUGUUGUAAACUAUAAUUCUGUUAUCAUAGGAUGUAAACAGAAACUUUUCCACAUUGUUUAUUAUUUCAAUAGGUGUAUAGUAUAUUAUUGGUAUAUAUAUUGCUAAGAGCCAUAUUAUUGUUUGAAAAUUUUGAGAUUAUUAAUUAGUUUUGUUGCUUUUAUGCACACUAUAAUGCAUAUGCUAGUUUUAGCAACAUACUUUUGCUUUUUUUUCUAAAUAAAUAAUGUUUAUUUUCACCCUUUUUUAUACACAGAUCCUGUUAUCUCCACAAACUGUAAAAUGUUUUUGAUUUUGUUUAAGAUUAUAAUUAUUAGCAUUUUGUUAACUAUGUUAUCGAUUACUUUUCUCUUUAUUUUUAAUAAAAAGCGAAAGUUUGCUAAUUGGCAUAAAAAUGUGCUUUGAGAUACAAAAGUGCUAAUAUAAUCACAGUGUUUUUUCUGAUAUAUAAAAUAUAAGAUUUUGGCAUAACUGUCUCAAGGAUUUUUUCAGAUUCUCUGUUUGAUACAUUGUAGUUAUGAAUUUCCUUAACAAAAACAAAUUUUUCUUGUGACAGUAAGCACAAUUUCCAGAGUUUUCAGUAAAUUAAAUUUGAAGAAGUGCAUUGUGUAAAUGAGAUGUCAUGCAUAUUGAAUAUAUUUCAGAGACAGCUGAAACAUAAAAAUGAUGUUUAAUGAUAAGUUUCUUUAUGGUGAUUGUCAUUCUAUUUGGUUCUUGAAAAUACUAGCUUUCAUGUUUUUGCCUUAAAAGUCUUAAGUAACAUGUUUCUCUAUAGAAAUAGUGGUUUCAACAGUUACAGAAGUUAAGUGCAGUAGCAGUUUCAGACACCUGCAUAUAUUUGUUUGGUUACAGCUGUUUUAAGAAUAACAGGGUUUUAGCUCAGGUAGAUUUAUUUUGGCAUAAAAAUCUGACAUAGUUUGUGUUUUUGGUAUGUUUUAGCCUAGAAAUCUCAAUACCCAAUCAUUACAAAAUUCAGUGUAGUCAGUAAAGAGAGGUGCAGGAAGUGUGACAAUGUUCACAUUUAAAUUAAAAUUUAUUUAAUUUUCAAAUGAAAUUUAUUCAUUUGAAUUUAUAAUAUUAUCCCAUUGAGAUAAUAAAAAAAACUAAGGAAAUCCCCUUAUCUUUUCAUGUUUAUUUUCAGUCUCAUGGGUAAUUCACUUCUUUAUUUAAACUUCUUUUGACAUCGUUUUAAAAAAAUAAUUAAUAGGGUCGUUUUUCACUCUUUGAUUUUUAGCUCACCUGUCAUAAAGUGACAGGAUGAGCUUUUGUGAUCGCUUUUCGUCCGGCGUCCGUCCGUCCGUCCGUAAACUUUUACUUUAAAUGACAUCUCCUCAUAAACCACUGAGCCAAUUUCAUCCAAACUUCACAGGAAUGUUCCUUUGGUGGUCACCUUUAAAAAUUGUUCAAAGAAUUUAAUUCCAUGCAGAACUCUGGUUGCCAUGGCAACCAAAAGGAAAAACUUUAAAUAUCUUCUUUUAAAAAACCAUAAGAGCUAGAGCUUAGAUAUUUGGCAUGAAACAUCUUCUAGUGAGUGUCUACCAAGUUUGUUCAAAUAAAAGCCCUGGGGUCAAAAUUGGCCCCGCCCCGGGGGGUCAUUGAUUUUCCCUAUAUGCAUAUAGUAAAAACUUAAAAAAUCUUCUUUUAAAGAACCCAAAGAGCUAGAGCUAAGAUAUUUAGCAUGAAACAUGUUCUAAUGGGUGUCUACCAAGUUUGUUCAAAUUAAAGCCCUGGGGUCAAAAUUGGCCCCGCCCCUGGGGGUUAUUGAUUUUCCCUAUAUGCAUAUAGUAAAAACUUAAAAAAUCUUCUUUUAAAGAACUCAAAGAGCUAUGGCUAAGAUAUUGAGCAUCAAACAUGUUCUAAUAAGUGUCUACCAAGUUUGUUCAAAUAAAAGCCCUGGGGUCAAAAUUGGCCCCGCCCCAGGGGGUCAUUGAUUUUCCCUAUAUGCAUAUAGUAAAAACUUAAAAAAUCUUCUUUUAAAGAACCAAAAGAGUUAGAGCUAAGAUAUUUAGCAUGAAACAUGUUCUAAUAAGUCUCUACCAAGUUUGUUCAAAUAAAAGCCCUGGGGUCAAUAUUGGCCCCGCCCCGGGGGGUCAUUGAUUUUCCUUAUAUGCAUAUAGUAAAAACUUAAAAAAUCAUCUUUUAAAGAACUCAAAUAGCUAUGGCUAAGAUAUUUAGCAUGAAACAUGUUCUAAUGGGUGUCUACCAAGUUUGUUCAAAUAAAAGCCCUGGGUUCAAAAUUGGCACCGCCCUGGGGGUAAUUGAUUUUCCUUAUAUGUGUAUAGCAAAAACUUAAAAAAUCUUCUUUGAAAAAACCCAAAUAGCUAGAGUUAAGAUAUUAAGCAUGAAACAUCUUUUAGUGAGUGUCUACAAAGUUUGUUCAAAUAAAAGACCUGGGGUCAAAAUUGGCCCCGCCCCGGGGGUCAUUGAUUUUCUUUAUAUGUGUAUAGCAAAAACUUAAAAUCUUCUUUGAAAAAACCCAAAUAGCUAGAGUUUAGAUAUUAAGCAUGAAACAUCUUCUAGUAAGUGUCUACAAAGUUUGUUUAAAUAAAAGCCCUGGGGUCAAAAUUGGCCCGGCCCCAGGGGUGUCAUUGUUUUUAACUAUAUGUGUAUAGUAAAACCUUAAAAAAAAUCUUCUUAUAAAAAGCCCAAUGAGCUAGAGCUUAGAUGUUUAGCAUGAAACAUCUUCUUAUGGGUGUCUACCAAGUUUGUGCAAAUAAAAGCCCUUGGGUUAAAUUGGCCCUGCAACGUUGGGGGGGGGGUGGUUGGGGGGGCCUAUAUACAGGUGAGCGACAUCAGGGCCAUCAUGGCCCUCUUGUUACAUUACCGAUUUUUCACAGAAGUUCAUAAAAGAAAAUUUUAUAGAGUAAAUUCAUGUACAUUAUAAAAGCUACUACCUGUGUUACACUUUGCCAAAUAGAGGUACAAUUUUAUCAAAAAUAAUGGUUCAAAUAGAAAAAUUGGAACUUAAAAACAAUGUAAAAUUAAAAAAAUCAAAAAGUUAGUAAUUUAUGGUGUCUUCACAGCCAUGGGGACACUCAAAUAACUUUGAUAAAGAUCUGUUAUCAACCUGGUAUUAAAUUUCUGUUUGAUUUUUUAUAUAAUAGAUUUGAGAAUAUUCUUAAUACAUUAUUGUCAACUAUAAAAGGCUUGGUGUCAUAAUCUCUGUUUUAAUAGAACAAAAUUGUUGUGUUUAGUUGAUUUACAUUCUUAAUUAUUAUAAUAAACCAGUGAGUGAGUAAAAAUGCACCUUUCUGUUAAACAGAUCAAUUUAUUUGCUACAUGUUUUGAUUUUGAUUUGUACAUCAACGCUUCCUAGUAAGUGUCUGUUGUACUUGAUUAUCUCUUUUAUAAUCAGUUGUUAAAUGUCACAAUAUUCCAAUAUUUUGACCAAGUGUUAAUAACAAAAACACUGAAAGUAAUCGAAUAAUAAUUGAAUAACUAUAUCUGUGUUACUAUUUUGUUCACAAGCCUGAUUUCAGUGGUUUCAUUUUGUGUAAGGAUGGAGGUGGGGGAGUUUCAUUAUCUCACUUUAACACUUUGUAUGAAAAGAAUUUGUCAAAUUAAGUGUUACAGUGCUAUAAACUUGUUCAUAAUUACGUAUUCACAUAGAAAUAUAAACUUGAUAUUUUCCCUUAUAAUUACUGUAAUGGAUAAGUUAUCUUCCUAUAUGUUAUCUUUUCCCUUAUUACGUAAUAUACUUAUAAUGACUGAUACUGUUAAAUCAUUCUUUAAACAUUAAAAGAGCAUAUAUUGUUUUUAAUUUACCAAACAUUUUUCAUUGAUAAAUCCUGUAAGU